AUGAAGUCCGGGUCAUGUCGGAGUUGCUGGCACACGGACUUCUCCGAGACUGACGAGGAACGCAGCGACGGAGAGGCGAGCGCGGCCGUCGCCACGGACGUCGAGAUGCCAGAUGACGACGCGACCAGGAGCCGGGGAGACAGAGCAGCUCGCGGCGGCGCGGAGACGGCCCCGGGACGCCGCGAGGGGAACGGGUCAGCGAGCGGAAGCGAGCAGGUUCUACAAGCGGCUCUUCCGCAAGAUCAGGAGGAGUCCGCGAGGCACGAGGAGUCCACGAGGCAAGGGGACACCGCGGGGGAAACUCAACCUCCACUCGACUUGCAAGAGCCCGAAGAGCAUCUGGAUUCCACGCAGCAGCAGGCGCCGCUCACGAAGCCUCAGAGACCUCUUCAACCCAUAAAACCAUUCGACGAGGGAGUUGCAGGUGGCAGCGGCUGGAGUGUCACCCGUUUUCCCACACCUCGAUGGAGCAAAGCGCCGCUCGCCAUCAUGAAAGAACUCCCUCCGUGGAUUACGGACUGGAUGAGGCGUCACAACAGACGAGGGGCGCCUACAAAGACGGCCCAAGAAGCACGCGACAUGGAAGAAGAAGUAGAAGAUGAAGACGAAGCAAUGGACACAGACCACAUGGAGCCCGAGACCGGCACCGCCAACCCCCUGUGGAUGAAUCAGGAAUCAAUUGGAUGUCCCGAGUCAUCUGCUUCCACCAGAGGAAAAAUAUCUUCUUCCCAAGCCACGCCUUCCACAUCUGCGCCACGAGGAGAUGGCACAUUAGCACAGGAAUACCACACAGCAGCACAAGCAGAUGGCACAGCAGCACAAGCAGAUGGCACAGCAGCACAAGCAGAUGGCGUAACAGAAGGAGAUGCUGUAGCAGGAGGAGAUGAUAUAACAGAAGGCGAUGAUAUAACAGAAGAUGAUGACAUAACAGAAGAUGAUUAUAUAACAGAAGAUGAUUACAUAACAGAAGAUGAUGACAUAACAGAAGAUGAUGACAUAACAGAAGAUGAUGAUGUAGCAGGAGAUGGUGUAGCACAAGAAGAUGACAUAGCAGAAGGAGAUGAUGUAGCACAGGAAUACCACACAGCAGCACAAGCAGAUGGUGUAGCAGCACAAGCAGAUUUAGUAGUACAAGAAGAUGAUGUAGCACAAGCAGAUGGUGUAGCACAAGGAGAUGAUGUAGCACAAGGAGAUGAUGUAGCAGGAGAUGGUGUAGCACAAGAAGAUUGUGCAGCAGAAGAAGAUGACAUAACAGAAGGAGAUGACAUAACAGCAGGAGAUGGCGCAGCACAAGAAGAUGAUGUAGCAGGAGAUGGUGUAGCAGGAGAUGGUGUAGCACAAGAAGAUGACAUAACAGAAGGAGAUGAUGUAGCAGGAGGAGAUGAUGUAGCAGGAGAUGGUGUAGCAGGAGAUGGUGUAGCAGGAGAUGGUGUAGCACAAGAAGAUUGUGCAGCAGAAGAAGAUUACAUAACAGAAGGAGAUGACAUAACAGCAGGAGAUGAUGUAGCAGGAGAUGGUGUAGCACAAGGAGAUUGUGCAGCAGAAGAAGAUUACAUAACAGAAGGAGAUGACAUAACAGCAGGAGAUGAUGUAGCAGGAGAUGGUGUAGCACAAGAAGAUUGUGCAGCACAAGAAGAUUGUGCAGCAGAAGAAGAUGACAUAACAGAAGGAGAUGAUGUAGCAGGAGAUGGUGUAGCACAAGAAGAUUGUGCAGCAGAAGAAGAUGACAUAACAGCAGGAGAUGGCGCAGCACAAGAAGAUGACGUAGAAGCACAAGAAGAGUACAUGGCAGCACAUGACGAUGACAUGAUGUCCCCAAGGAGCGACUAUCCGGAAGAGGAGAACUGCUCGCCCCCGACAUCAUCUGACGAUGAGGAAACCUCGCGAGAGGACGCCGUCGAUGGCUUUCCGCCAGACUCGCCGUGCUUCUCGUACCCAGGCUCGCCCAUGUCCGUCGCAACAAACCUGGCGCAGGACGAUGGAUACGACUUGGAGGCGGAGCAGCUGCAGCAGGAAAAUUUCGAGUUGACAUUAUUCGGCGCCUCCAUUCCGUUGGAUGCAGUCGCUGGAGAAACCGCCGCUGAGAUGUUUAAAGCCGGAGCGCUGACCGAAGCCGCUGGGAACAAAGGCGACCCCGAGGAGGAGGGCCAAGGGGCCAGCUUCCCCUUCAGCUGGAGCGAUUUUGGGGUUCAGGGCGACGCGGGUGGAGUUCCGGGCGGAGACCCCACAUUUGCAAUGUUUUAGCGAGACGCUUUGCCACGCACUUGUGUCGUUACGGUGGGCCCACCAAAGUCGCGUAGAAUGUAAAUAAUAAAAUAAUAAAAAUUAAACAUUAAAUAAUUCUCACGACGUUUCGGCCACAACGCAAGCAGCCGUCCUCAGGUGGAGAACAGGUCUGUCGGUAAAGUCACGUAGAAUGGAAAUAAUAAAAUAAUAAAACAUAAUAAAAUAAUUCUCACGACGUU